AUGCUGCCGCUACUUCUGUACACCCUGGUCUUCGGGAUAGCGAUCUUCAUCGCGCUCGCUAUUGUCUGCCUCCCGCCAGUCCAGCGCGAACAAUGCAACCUGCAAGCUGACGUGGUGGCUGCCAAGACUCGGAACUUCUACCUCGAAACCGCGGACGGGAAGCGUAUAGGGAUAUGGCACAUCCUUCCAAGAUCAGUCUAUCAAACCGUUACUGGCGGCUUACCCCCUCGCGAGCCAUUCGGUAAAGAAGUCUACGAGAAGGCUUUGACGCAAAGACCGACUAUACUAUUCUUCCAUGGGAACGCAGCGAACAGGGCAGUCCCAUACCGGAUCCGCAUCUAUACUGCGUUGUCUCAACAGCUGGACUGCAAUGUCAUCGUCACAGACUAUAGGGGCUUCGGCGACUCCACUGGUAACCCAACGCCCGUCGGCCUCAUUAUCGACGCUCGAACGGUAUACGACUAUGUUACUAGCACAAUCGACCGGCAGCGAAUACCUAGACAGGGAGACGCCGAAGCAGGCAAGGCAGAUAUCCUCUUGAUGGGACACAGUCUGGGUACAGGUGUGAUAUGUCUCACCGAGCGGCUCAGGGCGGUAGUCCUCGUCAGCCCCUUCACCUCCAUGAUGGACGUCAUCCAGGACUACACUACGCUUGCUUUCUUGCACUUCAUGGCCCGUCUCGGCCGUAUACCUGGAGUAGCUCCAUUCCUCAAGUUCGCUGUAAAGCACCAAUUCGAGUCAAUCGUCGCCCUCCCCCACAUAUGCCCCACCAUCCCUAUACUCCUCAUGCACGCGCGAAACGACUGGACGAUCCCUAUCACCCAUUCCCGCCGCCUGUUCCAGACUCUCCGGGAUCGAGAAGGUCCCGACGCCGACCCAGCUGACGUGGUGGAGAUGGAGGUACCUCACUGGGGACUAGUAAGCACAUUCAAGGGCAAGGGAGGGGGAGAGGUCAUGUUCUGGGAAGGGGAAUUAGGAGGACAUAAUGAUCUGGGAUGGACAGAAGGGGGACUGGAUCUAAUCAAGAGGAUAGCUCGAAUAUGA